AAAUCCUGCCUUCAAAUCACAAACAUACGGAGCACAGACUGUCUUUUUAAAAUCCUCGAAAAGACGCUUUCCUGCGAGCUCAGAACGGCAGAGCAACCCGAGAGGCAUUGGAACGAUGGCAAAUCAGGUACUGCUUCACUUCCUGGUUCCUUUGUUCUGUGGCGCCAUCUCUCAGCCCAUUCGCUACUCCAUUCCAGAGGAGCUGGCCAAGGGCUCUCUGGUGGGGAACCUCGCCCAGGAUCUAGGGCUAAGUGUCCAGGAACUGCCAGGCCGAAAACUGAGAGUUAGUGCAGAGGAUUAUUUCAGCGUGAGUGCGGAAAGUGGAGAUUUGUUAGUGAGUGGCAGGAUAGACAGAGAGAAGAUUUGCGCAAGGAAAUCUGAGUGUGCACUGGAGUUUGAAUCAGUUACUGAAAACCCGAUGAAUGUUUUCCAUGUAACUGUUGCCAUCCAAGAUAUUAAUGAUAAUGCACCACAUUUCUUUGGGAAAAGCAUUGAAUUGGAGAUCUGUGAAUCAGCCUUACCAGGAGUAAAAUUCCCUCUGGACUCUGCAAGAGAUGCAGAUGUGGGAAGCAACUCAUUGAAAAUGUACACUAUCAGCCCGAAUCCACACUUCUCCUUGUCAACGAAGGAAAGUCCCGAUGGAAGUAAAUACCCAGAAUUACUGCUGGAAAAACUUCUAGACAGGGAACAUCAGAGCUCCCACCAUUUAACCCUGACCGCCAUCGAUGGUGGAGACCCACCCCUAAGCAGUACCAUCCAGAUCUGGAUCAAAGUCACUGAUGCCAAUGAUAAUGCUCCAGUAUUCAGCCAGGACAUUUACAAAGCUAGCCUCCGUGAAAACAUGGCCUUGGGAACCUUUGUGCUGCAAGUGACAGCCACCGAUCAAGAUGAGAGUGUUAACGGAGAGAUCACCUAUGCCUUUCUUAAUGGUCCUACAAGUACUAACCUCGUCUUCAGUCUCAAUGCAAACACUGGAGCUAUCACAACUAAUGGUACGUUGGAUUUUGAGGAAAAGAGCAGAUACAUGUUGGGUGUAGAAGCCAGGGACGGAGGGGUGCACACGGCUCACUGUAAUGUUCAGAUUGAAAUUCUUGAUGAGAAUGACAAUGCCCCAGAGGUGACAUUCAUGUCCUUUUCUAACAACGUUCCAGAGGACUCGGUCACUGGAACAGUAAUAGCCCUCAUUAAAGUUCGAGACAAGGAUGCUGGACAAAAUGGUCUGGUGACAUGCCACAUCCAGGAAGAACUUCCGUUCAAAUUACAACACACCUCCAAGAAUUAUUACAAGCUAGUGAUAGACAAGGCCCUGAACCGGGAACAGACCUCAGAGUACAACGUCACUAUCAUGGCUAUAGACAAUGGCAAACCAUCCCUUUCAUCCAAAACAUGUGUUACUGUGCACAUCACAGAUAUCAAUGACAAUGCACCAGUUUUCCACCAGGCCUCCUACUUGGUCCACUUGGCUGAGAAUAACCCACCUGGAGCCUCCAUCGCUCAAGUCAGCGCCUCGGACCCGGAUUUGGGAUCCAAUGGUCACAUCUCCUACUCCAUCAUAGCCAGCGACCUAGAACCAAGGGCGCUGUCCUCCUACGUAUCCGUGAACCAGGACAGUGGAGUGGUGUUCGCUCAGCGCGCCUUCGACCACGAGCAGCUGCGCUCCUUCCAGCUCACACUGCAGGCGCGCGAUCAGGGCUCGCCCUCCGCUCAGCGCCAACGUGAGCAUGCGCGUGCUGGUGGGCGACCGCAACGACAACGCGCCACGCGUGCUGUACCCCACGCUCGAGCCCGACGGCUCCGCGCUCUUCGACAUGGUGCCACGCGCCGCCGAGCCCGGAUACCUGGUCACCAAAGUGGUGGCGGUGGACGCAGACUCUGGACAUAAUGCCUGGCUGUCGUACCACGUGCUGCAGGCCAGCGAUCCCGGGCUCUUCAGCCUGGGGCUGCGCACUGGCGAGGUGCGCACAGCGCGUGCCUUGGGCGACAGGGACGCGGCCCGGCAGCGCCUUCUGGUCGCUGUGCGUGAUGGUG